AUGACUACACAACACAACGCCACAGACUCCACUACACAACGCCAAAGACUACACUAUACAACGACACAUACUCCACUACACAACGCCAAAGACUUCACUACACAACGCCACAGACUCCACUACACAACGCCACAGACUCCACUACACAACGCCACAGACUCCUCUACACAACGCCACAGACUCCACUACACAACGCCACAGACUCCACUACACAACGCCACAGACUCCACUACUCCACUACACAACGCCACAGACUACACUACACAACGUCACAGACUCCACUACACAACGUCUAAGAUACAUUACACAACGCCACAGACUACACUACACAACGCCACAGACAAAUACAACGCCACAGACUCCAUUACACAACGUCUAAGAUACACUACACAACGACACAGACUACACAACCCAACGCCACAGACUCCACUACACAACGUCUUAGAUACACUACACCACGCCAUAGACUACACUACACAGGCAGCUGACUACACUACACAACGCCACAUAUACACUACACAACGCCACAGACUCCACUACACAACGCCACAGACUCCACUACACAACGCCACAGACUCCACUACACAACGCCACAGACUCCACUACACAACGCUACAGACUCCACUACACAACGCCAGACUACACAACGCCACAGGUUCCCCUUCACAACGCCACGGGACUCCACUUCACAACGCCACACUACACAACGCCACAGACUCCACUACACGACUUCACACUACACAACGCAACAGACUCCACUACACAACGCCAAAGACCACACCGUCACAUUUACAUGGGAUAAAAAUGAGAUAG